CUCCAGCUCAGAAAGUUUUGCCUAAAAUCCAUUCUACUUUCACCAACUCCCUUCCUCCCCUCCCCUCCUUCCCUUCCACCCCUUGCUUCUAUAACACACACACACACUCCAAGAAUCACUCCACAAAGCAUACUCUCUGAGAACAGCCUUUUGCUUCCAGUAUUUACUUCCCAUUGCCACGGUCAGCAUCCCAAUAUUAUUGGGCAAGUAUGCCAGGCUCGUCGUUUUCUGUGAAUUUCCAGAGCAGCAGUGACCACUUUGGGAACAUGCUAGCCGGUUCUACUGUCAUUCCAGCCUUUAAGUUCCAGCUGCGGAAAAACACUAUUGACUGGAGGCGAUUCAGUGCCAUUGAUGUGGAACGGGUGGCCCGCGAGUUGGAUCUUGCUACUCUUCAAGAAAACAUCAACAUUGUCACCUUUUGCAAUCUUGAUGCUGAGAAGUGUCCCUACUGUCAACAACCAGUGGACCCUGUUCUCUUAAAGGUCCUCAAGAUGGCCCAGCUGAUCAUUGAAUACCUACUCCAUUCUCAGGAGUAUCUGAGUAUGAAUUUGACGCUUCAGGAGGAGCAGCACCAGGCUGCCCUUGAAGACCUUAAGCACCUCAAGCAUGACUUAGAUAAACAAGCAGAAGAGCUGAAGAGUGUCAAGGAAGAGAGCAGGAGGCGGAAGAAGAUGAUUGCCACCCAGCAGUUGCUUUUGCAAGCUGGAGCCAAUAACUACCACAAGUGCCAACUCUGUGAGAAGACCUUCAUGAAUUACUCCUUUCUUCAAGCCCACAUGCAGCGAAGGCACCCAGAAGCCACUGCAGCUGAGAAGGAGAAGAAGAAACAUGUGGAGCAAAUGGAAAAUGAAAUUGAAGAACUGAAAGUCAAGCUGAAGGAGACCCAUGCCCAACUGGAGGCUGAGAGUCAGUAUAGAGCUCAGGAAGCAGAGAGUGUUCGCCAAAGAGAAGAGGAGGGAAGACAAAAGUUUGAGAGGUGGAAGGAAGAGGAGCGGACAAAAUUUGGAAAGGAAAUGGAAGACCUUAGGCAGCUCUUCCUUACUGAAUUCAAGGAUAUUUCCAGCAGGAAUUCUGCCUUGGAAGGGAAACUUCAAGAACUGCAAGUGAAGAGUACAGUUGUUUCUAAUCUAGGAACACUGCAGGAUGAUGAUUCUGCUGACAAGCAGCAAUGGACUAAGACUCAGAAGGAACUGCAAGGGAUGAAAGCAAAGAUCGAACAGCAGAGAACAGAGUGGAAAUGGAAGCUAAAGGAACUUCAGAAGGAGCACCAGAUAGACAAGGAACAAGUGAGUACACUUAAGCAUCUGUUUUCUGGGGUUUUUUUUUCUCUUUCCAAUAGGAGAGGGCACACAUUAGACUGGUGUAUAGUCAACAUAUGCCCACAUCCAGAGCAACAGGUCCAUUUUUUGUACUCCAAAAAGAAAGAAAAAAAAGAGUAA